GUCACGUACACGAACAUUAAUUACCUACCAACUUGUGUCAGUUUGUUGAAAAUUCGGCAUUUUUAUCUCAUAUCAACUCACAAAUUAUUGUAAACAAUGAGUUGACGUGUGCCCUGGGGUCAAGUAAGAAUACUAAUAAUUCAUACAUUCCACAUUUUAAGUAAACGUUAUUUACAUUCUCGCAUUUACCAUGGCCGGUUUCCCAGUGAAAUUAGGUACAAUUUUGUCAUUUAUUUUAGUGUUUUACGCUAUUUACUAUCGAAAAACUGACAUAGGAGACGUUAGAUUGUCACCUGUGAAGGAACAUCUAUUGUCCUUGGAAAAUGAGAAUAGAGUCAAAACAGGGAAUAUGCAACCGCACGUUGCUCUGGGCUACGGUGCAUGCCAUGACCUCUUUGUGAAUGCAACGUUAUUGUUAGACCAUCGUGAAUUAAUUGGAGUACCACAGCAUUUCGACGAAAUCACAACUAAAGAGGAGUUUCUCAAAAGUUUUACAUAUUUCUUCAAGCAUGGCGCUGCAGCCGAGAGGUUCAUGUCAAAUUCCAAGCUUUAUGAUGACUACAUCGAGAGAGCCUUAAACAUUCCAGGAACGAAAUGGAAUAUUGGUGGUAAUGCACCUCUCAUGGCAAAGAGAUUCUAUAUGGAAGGCUGGAAAGUACUCUUUGCUGCUAAAAUGAGUAAUAACCUCAAGAAGUACAUUCCAGAAGAAAUCCAAAUUGUUGGUGGUGAUGAAAAUGAAGAUAUGAAAGAUGAUAUUCAUAUGAUAUUAGAGUACAAGGCUGAUGCCAAAUUUGGCACCUAUAAAGCACCGAGAGCAAAUAGAUACAUAGUACAUAAUGAUGAGAACAAUCCUUUACUGAGUUCCUUAGAGAAGUUUGGAGAACAUUUACCUGGAUUCAAACCAGAUUUAUUAGUCAUAAGUGGGUUACAGAUGAUGGAUAAUUAUCCAUUCAAGAGUGACAAUGGGAAAGAUCUCAGAGCUGAAAGAUUAGAUCUAGUCAAAGAACAAAUACUUUCACAACCUUUGAAAACACUAGCACAUUUUGAAAUGGCCAGUUAUGUUGAUUUAGAAUUGCUCAAACAUUUAACUACAAAAGUCCUACCGUAUGUAGAUUCUGUGGGCAUGAAUGAACAAGAGCUCACAAAUCUUUACAGUGUUCUGGAAUAUGGAGAAGUCAGUGUUGUUGCAGAUUCAAAUCCAAGAAUAGCAACAGCCCUUGAUCAAAUGAGAAAGACUUUCAAUCUUAUUAGACAACAGAACAGAAAAUACACUAGUAAUAGAAAACUGACACGUAUUCAUGUCCACACUUUGGCUUACCAAGCGAUAUUAACAGUAAAAGAUUCAAGUUGGCUGAGAACUAAAGCAGCUGCAGCCAAAGCGUCUUUGACAGCUCACCGAUAUGUAUGCAACAGUCAGAAUAUAGCCCUUGAGAAAGUGAAAUUAUUACUCGAUGACAGUUUCUCAACCACCACCGACAAUGAUAAUACCAGCAGGGUCUUCUUUGAGCCUACAAAACCAGUAGCUUGUUGGGAAGAGAUACUGAAUGGUGAUAGUGUUGAGAUAUGUAUUGCUCCAGUUCUUAUCUGCACAGAGGCUCAAUUGACAGCAGGUGCUGGAGAUAACAUCUCUGCUGCCGGUUUAGUGUUACAAGUGGAAAAAUGAAUGAUGAAAAUGAAUAGGGAUGUUGACUCAAUAUUAAAUUAUGAUCAAAAAGAUAUCUUGUCUAAAAUCUAUAAUAAUACACUAAAAAACUAUUAAAUAUAGGGACAGGGUAGUUGUUUAAUAAUGAAGUAUGUUGCUGUUUUCCAGAAAACAAACUUUAGUGACAAGUGCUGUAUGAACAAAAUCAUUUACAAGUUGCACUUAGGAAACAUCCCUAUUUAAUUGAGAAAUGGAUCUUUUUUUAGGAAUGAUUACUGUUAUUUAAGUACAAAAUUAAUAUUUAUAGCAAUAAAAAUGCUUAUUAUGUAUAGAAACAUAAAAUAGAUAUUUAAGUAGUAGUAGGACAGGUAACAGGUUUUUUGCAUGAAGAGAGCAAAAAAAUUUUUUUUAGUUUCAUUACUCUUUGUUUGCGGUAAAUAAAUAAUACAUUCUUACAAACUAUGUACAAAAUCUAUUUUGAUUAUAAUAUCUUUAUGAUAUUAAUUAAUCGAUGUAUUCAAAAAAAUCAAGUCUGAUUUUAUAAUAUUAUAUGUAGUAACCUAUGUAAACCUUUACUAAAAUUAGUUGGAUUAUAAUGAAAUAGUACCCAAAUUAAAUUAUUCUUUGUAUUCAAGUAAGCACUGUUAGUUGUAAUAGCAAUUUGUCUCAUAUUCUAAGAAAAUUAUUUAAAUCAUCUUAAGUGCCUUAUAUCAUUGGUCCUGUAUGUCUAAAAAAAUUAUAAUUGGGAUAAUUACAUAUGUAAUAUGCUACUUUCAGUUGCUCAUUAGGGAUAUCUCUUUGCAUAUGUUACAUAUGUGAAUACAGCACCAUCAAAAUUUAGAUAUAUUUAAAUGAUGCAUUAUCAUGCAAUUUAUUGUAUCAUAAUAAUAAUAAUAGCAUAAUAACAAGUGAUCUAAAUAACGAAACAUUCCACAGACACAUUCUAUGCAAAAAUACAAAUUGAAUCUAUUUUUUUUUAUAAAGAUAUAACAAUUUUCAAAGUUAUAUUCAGUCCUGCUUGCCAUUGCAGAACACCUAUUAUGCCUGGCUCUUAAUAAAAUGGACUUUCUUUUGUAGACUUUUUAUUAUAUUUUAUUCCCAAAAUUAAUCAAGCUCUGAUGUAAUACAGCUUUUCAUUAAUAAAUACAAGCUAAUUUUUUUUUAUACACAAAAUAUUUAACAAGCCUUGUGUUAUGUUGGUUAAGAGCCCUUAUUGAUAAAUAAAAAAAAAAUCAUGAAUGAAAAAAAUUAUGAAAGAUAUUUAAGAGAUAAAAAUGAAAGAUGUGUUUUCAUUUUGAAUUGAAAAUGUCUAAGAUAGCUGUGUAAAUCAAAUAAAGGGUAGUUUUUUGUUUUAUUGCACAUCACGAAAUGUAGAACUUUAGUACCUACCCUCAACUUUGUAUCUCGCAGAUUUGACACAGUCCAUUGAUAAUACAUAUAAAACAAGCUAUGAAAAACUAGUCACCUGAAACUCUCGGCUUCACUAGGAACAUGUAAAGUGUAUUGUCUCUGCUAGUAAUUAACAAACAAAUUAUUACCACACUUAUGAAUACACUUAAAAUUUUAAAAACGCCUUAGAUCUCUGAAAUAGACCAUUAUGUUCCUAUUUUUUAUUUUAGGAGCUCAUUGCAACUUGUAUAUCAUUACUUAUGUUUCAUAUUAAAGUUGUCGUCUUACUUAUAUGCCACUACUUUGUGCCAUCAAAU